AUGGCGGCGUUGCGCGUACUGCACACCGCGCUGCGAGUUGUGGCGUGCGAGCGGACGUGCGGUGGGAUCGUAGUCCUCAAGCGCCGCACACCGCAAAAAGCGGGCGGUGGCCAUCUCGACCAAGACGGGGUCCCCGCCAGGUUAGCAGCGACCGCCGCCCGCCCCUCCGAGAUCUGCGACGUCUUCCCCAUCUUGUUCAACGUCCUCGACGGCGGCGCGCGGCGCGGCCUGGGCACCGCGUGCCGCGCGGCCAAUGCGGCGUACCGCCACGGGGUGCUGCGGCUGGCGCUGCCCUGGCAGUACCUGCGGGUCCUGCCCAGUGUCGCGGCGCGCUUCCCGAGCCUGCAGCACCUGAGGAUCAUCAACUGCUGCACGCUGAUGUCAGCGGCCGCGUACAACGACCAUGACAACGACCCCCAUGGUGCGACCAGGGACGUCCCGCCCUGCAUCGCGUACUUCCGGCCGGAACCCCCGCCGCCGCAGCGGCUGCUGACCUCGGAGAUCGGGCGGCUCAUCGGGCGCCUGUCGGGCCUGAGGGAGCUCGUCGUACCUGCUGGGGUGGACGUGAGCGCGGAGGGCGCAGCGGCGCUGGCCGCCGGGCUCGGGCAGCUCAGGCAGCUGGACCUGGCGGGCCGCGGCGUUGGCCCCGCGGGCGCGCGUGGCCUGGCGGUGCUCACCAACCUGGAGAGCCUGCGGCUGGGCUGGUGCCACAUUGGGACAGAGGCCGCCACCGCCCUGACCGCGCUGACCGGCCUGCGCUGCCUGUCGCUGCCAGGCAACUGGAUCGGCCCUGAGGCAGUGCCCCGCCUCGCCGCGUCCCUCACGCGCCUCGAGUCCCUCGACCUCGCCCACAACCUCUGCAUGGCGCCCGCCAACACCGGCCCUGCCGCGCUGGCCCGCCUGGACCGGCUGGCGCGGCUGGACGCCGCCGCCACGGGCCUGACGGCCGCGGGGCUGCGCGCGCUGGCGGGCGGCGUUGCGCGGUUUGGCGCGCUGGACGUGUCACUGAACGACGAGUCUGUUUUGGAGGGCGUCCUGCCAGACGGCGCCCUCGCUGCGCCCGCGGCGCAGGCCUGCGCCGCGGCCGCGCCGCUGCCGCAGCCGCCGCGCGGGCUGAGGCAGCUGCGGGCGCUCGGCGCCGCGUGCGUGGGGGUCGGCGCCGACGAGGCUCGGGCGCUAGCGUCGCUGGGGGGCCUCUCUGAGCUGCGACUGUCGCGACGCAACGACUGCCGCGCCGUCUGCUCCGCGCUCGCGCCGCUGCGGGCACGAAACGCCGUCUUUUGGGUGUGA